AUGGUGAUGCCAGAUGGUCGUCUAGAGGCUGCAGAAGAUAGCGGUGGGGUGACGAGGGACGCCCUUUCCGAGUUUUGGACGGCCUUUUACGACCAAUGUACGUUAGGUACAAAGUUUAAAGUCCCAUAUCUGCGACACGACUUUGCUGAGAAAGAAUGGCAGUCAGUUGCUAAAAUCAUCAUAUUUGGAUGGGAAUCAUGUAAAUACUUUCCUAUACAGUUGUCAUUGCCUUUCAUUCAGCUGUGUAUCUAUGAAAAAUAUUCAGCUAAUAUUCUCGACAAUUUCUUCGAUGUCAUACCGCAAGAAGAGGCAAUCACACUGAGGAAAGCUUUGUCCGAUUUUACAUCUGUCGAACAGGACGAUCUCAUGGAUGCACUUGAGCUACACGAUUGUAAGACCCUUCCUACGUCAAACAAUAUUUCGAAAUUACUUAACGAAAUUGCACAUAAAGAAAUUAUCCAGGCACCUAUGUUCAUAGCCGAUUGUCUCCAGCCUAUCCUGAAAAAAUUAAACAUUACUGAAGACCAUCUUACCCAGCUGUACACUGACCUUAUUCCAACAUCAAAGCUUGUCAACAAAAUGUUUAAGUUUCCAGAAGUUAUGUGCGCCGAGGAACAAACCGUUGCACAACAUCUCAGAAGGUUCAUCAGAGAAUUAAACAGUGACUCGCUACGCAAGUUCGUGAGAUUUUGUACAGGAUCUGAUCUCAUGGUCAGCAAAGAGAUACAAGUUGUAUUCGUCAACGUCAGCGGCCUAGCAAGGCGACCAAUCGCGCAUACGUGUUCUUGCCUUUUGGAGUUAUCUAAAUCCUACGAGAGUUUUCCCCAGUUCAGGUCUGAAUUCAUGGGAGUAUUGGACUCAAAUGUCUGGGUAAUGGAUAUCAUCUGAAUGAAUAAACAUAAGAAAUGGAAAUACAGAACCAUAGAUUUUAAAACACAAAACAAUGUGCAUACAUGUAUAUGUUUGCGUGUGCAUAUGCCAACGCUUGUAGGAUAAUUGUGAGACUUGUAUUCCUCAUAACAGUUGGGCAACAUAUCUCAUAUUUCAUAUAUAUAUUGCUCAUUACUACUAUUUAAACACAAAAUGUGAAACUUAAUUUCGUUCAAUUUUGUGAUCCCCUGCUUUCAAAAACGUUGCUCUUAGUCGAACAAGAUGUCUUCCGUCGUGGAAAGAGCUGAUAGGUCUACAAACUCUUUAAUAAGCCUGUAUUUGUGCAGGUAUUUCAUGUACUUGUUAUAUCUGAAAUUGUGUCUCCAAUUAGAUAUUGUUGUCAUAAGAUUCAAACUUUAAGUCAAUGUAAAUUUCAAAAUCACAAUUUAAAUGGGGCUCUAUUUCAUACUUUACCAUUUCUGUUGUGUUUCUUAACAAUAUAACAUUUCGUAU